UCUGAAAUGAAGAAAUCCGGGAUCAUUAUUCCUAGUAUUCUCAACUGAACAAAACACAAGUAACCCCUAAUGAGAACGGUAUACGACUGGUCAUUGAAAUAGACACUAAGCAACGGAUACGAUAAGGGACACCAAAGCCCUAACUUAACUCCUCGUUUCCUACAAAGAAACCCUGCAGAACACUGAAAUACUCUCCGAAAAGUCUCCGGAGACAUGCCAACAGGACGAUUAGUCAAAAACAUUCUCAUUUGAGCUCUUGAAGGGCCUGGAUUCGAUCAAACAUGGGAGUAAAAUGCUCAACGCCGGCAAACAACAGCUGCGGUGAAUUAUUUUCUGCGGAUGCUUCAACGGUAGCAAGAUCAAGAUCAAGAUCAAGAUCAAUAUCAACACCAACACCAACCCCAACCCCAAUGACGCCAACCAGAACCUGGAAGCUGCCCCCAUACCAUCUGGGGGCACGGCUGGGCCCAAGAGCGAAUCUGAAUCUGAUCCUCGUCACGACUACGCUGGUGAACUUUCUGGAUCUGUUCCAACUCUCGUCCGUCCUGUUUGGUCUCCCUGAUAUCCGCGAGGCCCUAGGGUUUACUACCGAUGACCUAAACUGGGUGCUGAUCGUGUAUAAUAUCACCUUUGCCGCCUUUCUCCUGAUCGCGGGCCAGCUCGGACAGAAACUAGGCCUUGAAAAGACCUUUAUCGCCGGGACUUCGAUUCUCACCGUAUCGAAUAUCAUCAAUACUGCUGCGCCCAACAAAGCAGCCUUGAUUGCUGGCCGUGCUAUCUCGGGCAUCGGCGCUGGCCUGACUGCACCGAAUGGACUUGCAAUCUUGAGCCGGACAUUUCCGGAUGGCGAUGCGCGAAACAAAGCACUGGCGGUUUAUACUGCGUGUGCUCCUCUUGGAUCUACAAUCGGCACGGUGAUCGGGUCUCUCCUUGCGUCAUCAUCCGCCGGAUGGAGAUCCAUUUUCUGGGUCUGUCUUAUUCUCACGGGUCUUGCAAUGGUCAUGGCGUGUCUUUUCCUGCCUGCCUUCCCGAAAGACAAGGACAUCCCCAUCGAUAUCCCAGGCACCAUCGUUUUCACCGCAGGCGUCGCGCUUCUAGUCUACGGGCUCAAUGACAGCUCGCGGAUCGGAUGGACGGCGCCGUCUGUGCUUGUGGGGAUCAUCCUAGGGGUUUGUUUGCUGGGCGUCUUCGUCUUCGUCGAGACCCGGGUGUCAAACCCGGCGAUCCCAAAAUAUCUGUGGAAAUCCCUGCCGUUUUUCCUCAUGCUCGUGGCGGUUUUUGCCUUUGGUGGGAGCUUCAGUUCCUGGUUCUUUAUUUCGACGCAGUUAUGUGUGAAUCUGUUGCGUUAUACUCCGGUUCUAACGGCUGUUUACUUUUUGCCCGCCGCGUUCUCUGCGAUUGCGAGUGGUGCAUUCUCAGCCCCCAUGGUCAAAUUCCUCGGAGAAAAAGGAACGCUCGUCAUCGGACUGGGUGUCACUGCUGCCGGUGCGGUAGCAUGGGCAUUUGCUACCCCAGCACGUGCAGGGGGAACCGGCCACGGAGAGGGAUAUUGGUACUCCAUUGUCGCGGCGAUUAUCUUCGUGUGUGGCAGCCCUGUGGCGAUGGUCCCGGCACAGAGCGUCCUUCUCCGACAAGUGGAGGCAGGGAAUCAUGCCGUUGCCAGCGCAUUAUUCAAUACUGCCUACCAGGUGGGUGCGAGUGUUCUCCUUGCCGGAGCGAAUGCCUUGAUGGAUGGCAACCAAGAGACAGUCGGUGGGAUGACGAUGGUAUCCAUGGACGGAUAUCGCAAUGCCUUUUGGCUGCUCACGGGCGUUGUUGGCGCUGCGGCGGUUGUGGUAGCGGUUUGCUACUGGCCUCGAAAGGGCGAAGGGCCCCGAGCAGACGGACAACAGGAGGAGAUGGUAGAAGCUAAGAAUUGA